CCCGACUGCCCGCCCCCUCCCCCUACCCCUCCCCGGGCAGCCCCCGGCGCCAUGGCCCGGCUGAGGCGCAGAGCCUGCAUUGCCCUCUUCCUCUUCGCCCUCUUCCUCUUCGGCACCAUGAUGGGCCUGCGGACUCUGAAACCCUCGGACGGCUUCUCAGCCCUGGCGCCCGUGGCAGAGCGAGGCGAGAGACGCUCGGUCUCGCAUGAGGCCAUCUCCCGGCCCCAGGCGGGCCCCAGCCGUGAGGCCAAGGCCCCAGCGCCCCCCGUGUCCUACGACCUGCACAUCUUCUACUACAUGUGGUACGGGAACACCCACUUCGAAGGAAAGUACCUGCACUGGGACCACGUCAUGGUGCCGCACUGGGACCCCAAGAUAUCUGCCAGCUACCCCAAAGGGCGGCACAGCCCCCCAGAGGACAUUGGCUCUAGCUUCUACCCUGAGCUGGGACCCUACAGCUCCAGGGACCCUGAUGUGCUGGAGCAGCACAUGAACCAGCUGAGAGCAGCAGCAAUUGGAGUCCUGGUUUUGUCUUGGUACCCACCUGGCCUGGCAGAUGACAACGGGGAGCCAUCAGAUAGUCUUGUGCCAUUUAUCUUGGAUGCCGCGCACAGGUAUGCCAUAAAGGUUGCUUUCCACAUCCAGCCAUACAAAGGGCGCGAUGACCACACUGUGCAUGAGAACAUUAAAUACAUCAUAGACAAGUAUGGAGCACAUGCAGCUUUUUAUAAGUACAAGACCAGUACAGGACGGAGCCUCCCAUUAUUUUACAUUUAUGAUUCUUACCUGACACCCCCUGAAUCCUGGGCCAACGUCUUCACCCAGUCAGGCUCUCGCUCCCUCCGCAAUACCCCGUACGAUGCAGUGUUCAUAGCACUGCUAGUGGAAGAAGGACACAAGCAUGAUAUUCUCUCCGCAGGAUACGAUGGCAUGUACACGUAUUUUGCAUCCAAUGGCUUCUCUUUCGGCUCAUCCCACCAGAACUGGAAAGCUAUCAAAGCCUUCUGUGACUCAAACAACCUGAUGUUCAUUCCCAGCGUUGGCCCAGGCUACAUUGAUACUAGUAUCCGCCCAUGGAACAACCACAAUACUCGCAACCGAGUCAAUGGAAAAUACUAUGAAACGGCUCUGCAGGCUGCACUCAUGGUAAGGCCGGAGAUAGUCUCCAUUACUUCCUUCAAUGAGUGGCAUGAAGGCACUCAGAUUGAGAAAGCGGUGCCCAAAAAGACACUAACACGCCUGUAUCUGGACUACCUGCCUCAUCAGCCCAACAUGUAUCUGGAGCUGACCCGCAGGUGGGCAGAACACUUCAGCAAGGAGAAGGAGCAAUGGCUGAUGUGAUUAUUCUGCACAGGAAGCCUUCAGACAGCCUGUCUUUGCUUUAUGAAAAAGGUCAUACUCGGUUGUGGGGACAGGUGCUUAAGGAACAGUUGGGAAAAGCAUCUUAUGGGUCACAGUCUCUGUUCAGGGCUGGUGGGUUUGUUCAGUUGGCUAAAUACAGUGUUCUCCAUGAACAGCCCUAAAGCUGGUUUGAGCACCAACUCCACACUCACAAGAGGAAAUGUUAGUGAGCAGAGGGGUCUCUAAGCAGCAGUCUGUUCUAUUGCUGCUGUGAGUUUAGUACAGAUGUCCCUUUUAAAGCCCUUCUGGAUCUGAACUGGCCUGUAAGUGACCAGGCAAGGAAAUGAAUGAGCGAGAGAUCUGUUUUUCUUACAGUGCAUAUGUUUAGUGUGGUAUUUUAGAUAUUAGCUGGGCUCCUACCCCCAGCAUGUAUUUUAUCCUAUGCCCUUCACCAGUUGCCUGCCGAUUACAUACUACACCCUCCACUAGCAGCUCUGACAAUGCACUUCUAUUAUUAGCUGAUUGAAGCAAAGAGUUAAUUGUUCCUCAAAAUUAUUUAUUGUAGAAGAAACAAAACCAUACAGUUAAAUACCCUGUGGGUGGUGUCAGUGAGCCCCUGUAUCCAAAUAACUAAAAACAAUCAGAGCUGGAAUUUAACCUAUUAUCUGUAUUGGCAACCAAUGAACUGAAAUGAUCUGUACUAAAUGCUCUGUGUUUCACAUGUUCAAAACUUAGCCUUAACUUCGUUUUAUCUUGUCUCUAGAAUCAAAUGAAGUGCAACCACUUGCAAUAAAAUGUAGCUGAAAACACUAAUGUGUUCUACCAGAAGGAAGUUACAUCACUAUAGAAUAAAUACCCUUUUUUGUAACUACAGUACAUCCAGGCCCUUCUACAUUUGUUGUUUUAAGAAUCAUUUGUACUUGUCUUUUUAAUCAAUAAAGUGAGAAGUGGCAGCUUUA